AUGUCCGGUCCUGCCAAGGCUUUCUUGUUGUUCAGCCUGUCUCUGUCCUUGGUGGAUGUGCUUGGAGACAAUCCGACUGGGAGGUCGGAGACAUAUGUGUCUCCUCUGAUUCCUGGAACGGACAAAAUUACCUUGAUGCAACAUGACCUCCAACACCAGCCAGCCAAGGCUAAAACCUUGCGAUCUUGGCUUGACCUGAGCAACAGGAAAACCUCAGCUCGAUCGAGUGUCCUUUUGGAACACCCCCAGACACAGAAGCUUGGACAGGGCGUGAGUGACAGCAAGCGUAUUGUGCUGGAAGGUACGAACUCAACACAAGAUUCGAAGACAGAAGAGCAGGAGAACAAGAAGCAGGACGAAGAAGAUAAAGUUCGUCUUGGGAUUGAAGGAGCCUCGGAGAAAGAUCGUUCCAGCGAGAUAUGGAGGUGCCCUCACAUACCUCAUGUUGAUCCCUCCAAGAUGAGUCAGCCCAAUGUAUCAGUCGGUAUGUACAUUUUAAAUCUGCAUGCAGAAGAUAGGGGUCUCUCCACAGGAGAGUUCUUUGCAGACUUCCUUCUGUUCCUACGGCAGAAGGACAAGCCUCUCACUCAGUUUGAUGGCAUGCAACCGAUCGACGAGCUGGCGUUUACCAACGCCAUGUCCAUCGACUCGAUCUCCCAGUAUGGCAAGGGCGUCAGGAGAGUCGCCGGGAAGUUCUUCUUCUCGCCCGAUCUCCGAUGGUAUCCGUUUGACAAGCAGUACCUGGAGAUUGUUCUCGAGCAGUUCAAAUCGCCUGUCACCCUCUGGGUAUUUGUGCCUGAUGCCGAUCUCAAUGGAAUGAGCCCUUCCAUUCGCUUCCCUGGUUGGCAGACUUCUCUACGUCAGUCGCCGACUUCUCUCUACGCCAACUGCAGAGCUAGGGUCAGCACAAAGGUAUAUCCAGGAGCGAGCAGCGACGAGCAGAGCAGCUCAAGCAACAUUACCUUCUCCAGGUUCACAUUCAGUAUCGCAGUGCAGCGCCCGAUCUAUGAAGGAGUUAUCACCAAGUUCGUUCCUCCUUUCGUCAUGCUGGCUCCAACCUUGUACUCCUUCUGGCUGGAUCCCACUGUCAACUGGUCGAUCCGCAUCACCAUGGGAUCGGGGGGAUUGAUAUCUAUUGUUUUCUUCCACAGCUCAAUCUCGAAUCAGAUCAUUUUGGGUCUCAUGAUUGCUGUCAUUGCAGCCUCCUUGUGGAUCCUCAGCAUUUACGCGGAUGCAAAAGCUGCAGCUCAGGGUUAUGUCAAUAUGAAUUUUGCGAACAGUUAA